AUGGGAACGACAGCUUGGAGGAGGUGGUUCGCUCCUGGCAAGUGGCAGCGAUAUCAAUCCACCACAUCCCGACUGCAGCUUGAGAAUCCGACUCACAUUCCAGGCGAGCGCCCCUUCGACCUCGGCCCGUUCGCAUGCCAUCGUGUUCCUUUGGAUGCCGAGCCCGUGCGGCUGGAUCGUUGGCUGUUGAAGAACGUCUGUUCCAGUUGGAACGCCACUCAGAAGCUCAUAAGUGCGAAGCAGGUAUGGGUCAUGAGCCCCAACUGCCCUGCUCAGCAGCAUCGCGGAAGUGUCAUGAUUCCUCGAUUUCGUCCAUCUUGUCAAGGGGGCACGAAGUUGCAAGCAAAUGACCUGGUCUACUUUCCGAAGGUCAUGAGCCCUGUUCCGAAGAAACGCGUGCCGCUGCCGCGCGAAGAGGAGCCACCUCGGCUCGUUCAUCGACUGAGCACCGAGAUCAGCGGCGUCCUUCUGCUUGCAAGGCACAAGGCGGCUGCAUCCUUCGCCAAGGACAUGGUCGCGCAGCGCUCCUUCUGGCAGCGAGAACUGUGGACAGUUGUCUGUGGACGAACACCCAAGUCUGGACAAGUCUCCAUGCCUCUCAUGUCCGAGAGGAUGGGAAAAGGGCUGGUUGCGAAACCUGCCCGAGAAGAUGACGGCGGCCUGCCAGCCAUGACAGAGUACUCCUCCAUCUUGUAUUCUCCUUUGGCCGGAGGCUUCACGCUCCUAUCCAUGAACCCAUAUAGUGGAAGGUACCAUCAGACCCGUGCACACUGUGCCUUCGGACUACGCGCGCCCGUUGUGGGUGAUCCUGUUUAUUACCAGCUGUCCAAUGAAGUUUCUACCGUGUCCGACUUCAAAGUGAGGUAUCACUCCACGGAAGCAAGGCGUGAACGUGCUGAUCUGGUAGGUGCUCAGCCCCGCUUGCAUCUGCAUAGUCGCCAGCUUACCAUCAAGACGUUCGCCGGAAAGGAAGUCACCAUCACAGCGCCAUUACCAUCGCACAUGUCUUCGACCUUCCGCGCUCUUGGAUGGUCUGGAUGGUUGAGGCGCGCUGAGCGACGCGCGGCCUUGCAGAGUCCAUGGCGCGGGGAGGAAGAUCCUCACAUCAUCGAAGCCCUGGCACAGGCUCGCAUUGAAGAGGAUUCCAAAGGAGAGACCUCCACGGUGGAGGACGCGGACGAGGAAGCUGAGCAAGAAGGCGACGUGGUCGCUGACAGCGGUCUUCAGUCAGCCGAUGAAUCGUUGGAAGAUCUUGGGCGGAUGGAGCCCAUGGAGGAACCCGCGCCCUCUAUGCCUAGUCGGGGACGCAGGUCUCGAAGAAGAGCUUGA